AUGAUGUGUUUGAAGAUCCUGAGGAUAAGCCUGGUGAUCCUGGCUGGGUGGGCAUUCGGUACUGCCAACUCCGAGCUGGGCUGGACACGCAGGAAAUCCCUGGCUCAGAGGGGACACCUGAAUCAGGUGCUGUUGGAAGGGGAGCACUGUUGGCUGGGGGCCAAGGCUCAGAGACCCAGAGCUGUUCCCCAGCAUCACCUCUUUGGGGUGUACCCCAGCAGUCCUGGGAACUACCUGAAGUCCUACCCUGUGAGGGAUCAGGGAACCUAUCCUGCAGGACGUACUAAACCGGACUCCAUAAGAAAGGCUGUUUUCCAAGACCUGACUGAAAACACAGUGGGAGUGGGGGGGAAGCUGAGUGAGCAUCCAGUAGCCCUGUGGGUAGGGGACAGUCCUAUUGGGCAAUCAGAGCCUCCGGGAGAUGAUGACACUUAUCUUGGCAAACAAGGACUCAAGGAGUCUCUAGGUGAGGCUGUAGCUCGGGGAAGCUGGACAGUGGCUGCCGCCAUUCCCGCCACCUCUCCAUACCUGAAGGAUCCUGAAGCGGAGAGCCAGGGAAAGGGCUGGGCCAAGUCCAGGCAUCCUCGCCGAGUGGUGAAGAGGCAGGCAGAGGACGUGCCUGGAGACCCUGGUAUCUCUCCUCUGCAUUUCCAACCUUGGCCUAAGCACCCCCUUAGGCACAGGGUUAGAAACGUGUUGAAGGACAGCAUCCAAGAUGGUGGAGGAAGCCCUGACUGGGAAGCAGAGACCUUUAACCCCCAAGGAGGAUUGUCUAUCUUGUACUUCUCGGGGAGGCGGGAGAGGCUGCUGCUGCGUCCAGAAGUGCUGGCUGAGAUUCCCCGGGAGGCGUUCACAGUGGAAGCCUGGGUGAGACCAGAGGGAGGACAGAACAACCCGGCCAUCAUCGCAGGCGUGUUUGAUAACUGCUCUCACACAGUCAAUGAUAAGGGAUGGGCCCUGGGGAUCCGCACAGGGAAGGACAAGGGAAGGCGAGACGCUCGCUUCUUCUUCUCCCUCCGCACUGAUCGUGUGAAGAAAGCCACCAUCGUGACUGGCCACAAACGCUACCAACCAGGUACAUGGACACAUGUGGCAGCCACUUACGAYGGACAGCGCAUGGCCCUGUAUGUGGAUGGCACCCGGGUGGCUAGUAGUCUAGACCAGUCUGGACCCCUGAACAGCCCCUUCAUGGCUUCUUGCCGCUCCCUGCUCCUGGGGGGAGACAGCUCUGAGGACGGGCACUAUUUCCGUGGAUACCUGGGCACUCUGGUCUUCUGGGAAACUGCCCUGGCACAAAGUCACCUACAGCACAGUCCACAGCAUCCCAGUGGGGUGGAGGAGUUGACCACCCUAAUCCUGACAGCCAGUUUUGAUCCUCUGAAGGAACAGUGGGUCCCCUUUAGGGAUGAGAAAUAUCCCCGCCUGGAGGUUCUCCAGGGCCACCAGCCAGAGCCUGAGCUCAUGUCACCGUUGCAGCCCCCACUCUGUGGGCAAACUGUGUGUGACAAUGUGGAACUGAUCUCCCAGUACAACAGACACUGGCCCCUUCGGGGAGAGAAGGUGAUCCGCUAUCAGGUGGUGAACAUCUGUGAUGAUGAAGGUGGGCAUCCCAUUGUGAGCCAGGAGCAGAUCCGCAGGCAGCAAGAGGCUCUGACUGAGGCCUUCAGUCGCUACAACAUCAGUUGGCAGCUGAGCAUCCACCAGGUCCACAACUCCACCCUGCGCCACCGGGCUGUGCUUGUGAACUGUGAGCCCAGCAAGAUUGGCAACGACCAUUGCGACCCUGAGUGUGAGCACCCGCUCACCGGCUAUGAUGGAGGUGACUGCCGCCUACAGGGCCGCUGCUAUUCCUGGAACCGCAGGGACGGGCUCUGUCACGUGGAAUGCAACAACAUGCUGAACGACUUUGAUGAUGGGGACUGCUGUGACCCGGAGGUGACUGACRUACGCAAGACCUGCUUCGACCCUGACUCACCCCACAGGGCAUACAUGAGUGUGAAGGAGCUGAAGGAGGCCCUGCAGCUCAACAGUACUCACUUCCUCAAUGUCUACUUUGCCAGCUCAGUGCGGGAAGACCUGGCAGGUGCUGCCACCUGGCCUUGGGACAAGGAAGCUGUCAGUCACCUGGGUGGUGUUGUCCUCAAUCCUGCCUAUUAUGGCAUGCCUGGCCACACCAACAUCAUGAUCCAUGAAGUGGGGCAUGUUCUGGGACUCUACCAUGUUUUCAAAGGGGUCAGUGAAAGAGAAUCCUGCGAUGAUCCCUGCAGGGAGACGGUGCCGUCCAUGGAAACCGGAGACCUCUGUGCCGACACUGCCCCCACUCCCAAGAGCAAGCUAUGCCAGGACCCUGAGCCUGCCAAUGACACUUGUGGCUUCAGCCACUUCCCAGGGGCUCCAUUCAGCAACUACAUGAGCUACACAGAUGAUGACUGCACUGACAGCUUCACCCCUAACCAAGUGGCCCGAAUGCACUGCUAUUUGGAUCUUGUUUAUCAGCAGUGGAGUGAAAGCAGAAAGCCCACCCCCAUUCCCAUCCCACCCAUGGUCAUUGGGCAGACCCACAAGUCCCUCACUAUCCACUGGCUGCCUCCCAUUAGUGGAGUUGUAUAUGACAGGGCCCCAGGCAGCGUGUGUGGUGCCUGCACAGAAGAUGGGAUGUUCCGUCAGUACGUGCACAGGGCUUCCUCUCGGCGAGUGUGUGAUUCCUCUGGCUACUGGACCCCAGAGGAGGCUGUGGGGCCUCCUGAUGUCGAUCAGCCCUGUGAGCCGAGCUUGCAGGCCUGGAGUCCUGAGCUCCACCUGUACCAUAUGAACAUGACGGUGCCCUGCCCUGCAGAAGGCUGUAGCCUGGAGCUGCUCUUCCAACACCCAGUUCAAGCCGACACCCUCACCCUCUGGGUCACUUACCUCUCCAUGGACUCUUCCCAGGCACUCUUUGAUACAGAGAUCUUGCUGGAACACCAGGAGUCUGUGCAUCUGGGUCCCUUAGACACUUUCUGUGAUACCCCACUCACCAUCAAACUGCACGUGGCUGGGAAGGUCUCAGGGGUGAAAGUCUACACCUUUGAUGAGCGGAUGGAGAUUGACGCGGCCCUCCUGACUUCCCAGCCCCACAGCCCCUUAUGCUCUGGCUGCAGGCCUGUAAGGUACCAGGUUCUCCGGGAGCCACCCUUUGCCAGCGGCUUGCCCAUGGUGGUGACACACCUUCGCAGGAAGUUUACAGACACGGAGGUUAUACCUGGGCAGAUGUAUCAGUACCAAGUUCAAGCUGAGGCUGGACCAGAAUUGGGAGAAGCUUCACCUCCUCUGUACCACAUCCACGGUGCUCCUUACUGUGGAGAUGGGAAGGUGGCAGGGAGCCUGGGAGAGGAGUGUGACGAUGGAGACCUGCUGAAUGGAGAUGGCUGUUCAAGGACAUGUGAGCUAGAGAAAGGCUUCAACUGUGUCGGGGAACCAAGCCUUUGCUACACRUAUGAGGGAGAUGGGAUUUGUGAGCCUUUUGAGAAGGAAACCGGCAUCAGGGACUGCGGCCUCCAUACUCCUGAAGGAUACUUGGACCAGUGGGCCACCCAGGCUUUCUCUUCUCGUGAGGACAAGAAGAAGUGUCCUGUCUCCCUGGUAACAGGAGAGCCUCAUUCCAUGAUUUGCACAUCACACCAUCCAGAUUUACCCAAGCAACAUUCCCUUCCUGGCUGGUUUCCCUGUGUUACCAAUGGAAAAAGACCUCAGGAUGAAGGGAGUGAGCAGCCAGAAGGUAUCCUGGAGAAGGAAGAUGAGGUUUGGCUUAAAGUCUGUUUCAAUAGACCAGGAGUUGCCGUGGCAAUUUUCAUUUUCUUGACGUCUGAUGGCCUGGCCCCUGGGGAGCAUCAGCGGCCAACAGUGACCCUCUACCUGACUGAUGUCAGUGGAAGCAACCACUUUCUUGGAACCUAUGAACUGUCGUGCCAGCAUAACCCACUGGUUGUCAAUGUGAGCCAUCACACAAAUGUCCUCUCCCACCAUACCACGUCCAUGCUGCUGAACUUCUCAUCCCCACUGGUGGGCAUCUCCGCAGUGGCUCUAAGGACAUCCUCCCACAUCAGUCCUUCAGUUCCUGAUAACUGCAUGGCAGAGCAUGAGGGGCAGAAUCAGGGACAGAGCUGCGUCCAUCGGCCCUGUGGGGAGCAGGGCAGCUGUGCACCAUUACUGCUUGAUCACGUGGAUGUGGUGAACUGUACCUCUAGUGGCCCAGGUCACAUGAAGUGUGCUAUCACCUGUCAAAAGGGGUUUGCCCUUCAGACCAGCAGCGGGCAGUACCUCAGGCCCAUUCAGAAGGAGAUUCUGCUCACAUGUUCCUCUGGGCACUGGAGCCAGGAUGUGAGCUGUGCACCCCUCGACUGUGGCACUCCUGACUCAUCUUUGGUGAACUAUGCCACCUUCUCCUGCCCAGAGGGCACCCAUUUCCUGAGACGCUGCUCCAUCUCUUGUGUCCCACCAGCCAAGCUCCAAGGACUCAGCCCGUGGCUGACCUGCCUUGAAGAUGGACUCUGGUCUCUCCCCGAAGUCCACUGCAAGCUGGAAUGUGAGGCUCCCCCUGUUAUUCCCAAUGCCAACCUGCUGCUGCCUCACUGCCUCCAGGGCAGCCACGACGUGGGCAGCAUCUGCAGAUACGAGUGCAAACCCGGCUACUACGUGGAAGGGGGUGUGGAGAGGAAAGCCAGGAACAAGUUCCUGAAGAUACAGUGCCUGGAAAGUGGACUGUGGGAACAAGCCAGCUGUACCCCGGUAGUGUGUGAGCCUCCUGCUCCUGUUUUUGAAGGCAUGUACGAAUGCAGUGAUGGAUUCAACCUGGACAGCCAGUGUGUGCUCAACUGUAACCAGGAAAGUGCGAAGCUCCCCAUCCUCUGUACCAAAGAAGGACUGUGGACCCAGGAGUUUAAGUUGUGUGAGAACCUGCAAGGGGAAUGCCCACCACCCCCCUCGGAGCUGAAUUUCGUGGAGUACAAGUGUGAAAAUGGAUACGGGAUUGGUGCAGUUUGCACCCCAUCAUGCGUAAUCCCCCCCAGCGAUCCUGUGACGCUGCCGGAGAACAUCACUGCUGACACUCUGGAGUACUGGAUGGAGCCUGUCAGAGUCCAGAGUAUCGUGUGUACUGGCCGCCGUCAAUGGCACCCAGACCCCUUGCUGGUCCACUGCAUCCAGUCCUGUGAGCCUUUUCAAGCAGAUGGUUGGUGUGACACGAUCAACAACCGGGCCUACUGCCACUAUGAUGGAGGAGACUGCUGCUCUUCUACACUCUCCUCCAAGAAGGUCAUUCCAUUUGCUGCUGACUGUGACCAGGAUGAGUGCACCUGCCGAGACCCCAAGGCAGAAGAAAAUCAGUAA